CGCCACAAUGAUGCACUAGGAGAAUUGAGAGGAAAACCAAAAACCAUUCAUUUCCUUUGUUUUGUGUGUGUUCUUCUUCUUGCUCUUUAAUUUUUUAAAGAAAAAGAAGAAGAACAUAAUCAUAAUAAAUAAUAAUAUGGCUUCCAAGGUUAUGUUCUCAUUCUUCCUCAUAUUCUCUUCAAUAGUUCAUCAAGGAAUCUCUCAAAGCCUUGAAGAACUUCUUGGAGGACUUGGAAAAAAUAUGGGAGUAGUGAAAGAAGCACAAUGCAUGCAAAAGCUAGUGGCUUGUAAUAAAUACCUGAAGGACCAAAGUAAUGUUCCUGAAGAAUGUUGUGGACCUUUGAGGGAAAUUGCAACAUCAAAUGACCAAGAAUGUUUGUGCGCUUUCUUCAACAACCAACAGAUGCUUGAUUCCAUGCAAAUCUCUAGGGAUGAUGCCAUGAAGCUUCCUAAUGCUUGUUCUGUCCCUGUUGAGAUUUCUACAUGCAACAAUGUACAAAGCCCACCAGUAUCAGAUAUAAAUCUAGACCCUAAAAUGUUUGGUCCACCUGCUGAAUCAUCAAGUGCGACAGGACUCAUCCGUUUUGGUGUUCCAAGCUUUUUUGCUUUGUUGGCUGCUGCUCUAUUUUAGAUUAAUAGUCCAACAAAAUUCAUGUAUAUGAAUCUUUGUUUAUUUGAUGCUGAAAAUUUUUUUAUUAUUGUUUUUGGGAUGGGGGCUUGCUUGAUGAGAUUAUAUUGAGAUUUCAUGUCAUCAAUUGCAACCAAAACGCAUGUACUUACAGCU